AACGACGCUUCCCAAGCCUGCAAGAGAUGGAAAACGGUUCCCUCCAAUGGGACAAUGAAAAGUCGAUCUGGCUGGUCAAGGUCUGCAACCUCCAGAACGGGGAGGUUCAAAUCCACGAAACAGAUUUUGUUCUGACGGCCAUUGGGCGCUUCAACGACUGGAGGCUGCCCGAUUACCCGGGAAUCAACGACUUCAAGGGACACAUCAGACACACGUCGAACUGGGACCCGACAUAUGAUGUCUCGGGAAAGAGAGUGGCAGUCAUUGGCAACGGGGCGAGUGGCAUCCAACUCGUGCCACACCUCCAGAAGAAGGUCGCUCGGCUAGACCACUACGCCCGGAGCAAAACUUGGAUAGCCGAGUCCUGGGGCGGGGAAUCAACCAAGAUUGAACGCAAGUUGAUAUCCAAGGAGCUGAGAGACUCGUUCCAGGAUACGGACGUCUACCUCAAGUAUCGGAAGAACCUGGAGCAGAGCCACUGGCGUUUCUUCCACGGGUGGCUCAAAGACUCCGACAGCAACAAGGAGGCGCGCGAAGCGCUCCUGAAGCAUCUCGCAGUGCGCCUGGCUAAGCGGCCGGACCUCAUCAACAGCAUGAUCCCGGGCUUCUCUCCGCAUUGCCGUCGGUUGACGCCGGGCCCCGAAUAUCUCGAGGCCAUCAUGAAGGACAACGUUGAUUACAUCCAGAACCCCAUCAAGCGGUUCACCGAGACCGGCAUCGAGACGGCAGAUGGCACGCAUCGCGAAGUGGAUGCCGUCUUCGCUGCGACUGGGGCAAAUGUCGACGUCCUCCCUCCAUUUGGCAUCACCGCAAACGGCAAAAGCAUCGCCCAGCUGUGGUCUCCGGAUGGAGAGUACGGGUUCCCGUAUAGCUACCUCGGCUUCGCGACGCCCGGGUUCCCGAACCUCGGCUUCAUUCAGGGACCCAACGGUGCCGGCCGCUCGGGCACGGUACCGCAUAAUAUAGAGGUCCAGGUCACCUACUUUGCAAAGAUUCUCAGGAAGGUGGGCCGGGAAGGGAUUAAGUCGAUGCAGCCGUCCAAGAAGGCCGCAGACGACUUCGUGCAGUACUCGGACGCCUUUUUCAAGAAGACGGUCAUGUCGGAAUGCAAAUCGUGGUACAACACCGAGAGGCCCGGCUCGAGAAUCCAUGGGCUGUGGCCCGGGAGUGCGGCGCUGGUUGGCCUCGUCGUGAACGAUCCCAGAUGGGAGGACUGGGAAUACGAGUACUUUUCGGAUACUGGGAAUUCCCUGCUGGGGUACUUCGGUAAUGGGUGUACCAAGUUUGAGACGGACCCGGAACACGACGUCACCAGCUAUCUGGUAGAUCCGGCCGGCAUCGAUUUGAGGAAGCUUCACGAGGGGUGGUGGAACAUACCUUAG